AUGAAAAACAUAGUGACAUUUUCUGUUGUCGUGUUCGAGGUUAUAGUUUUAGUAACGUCUCAAAGAGUAGCUCCUGGUGUACCACCACAACAUUAUCAGCAACCGCCUCCUCAACAAUAUCAACAAGUACCACAACAACAACAGGCUUAUUAUCAACCUCAAGUACCACAGCAACCACCUCAACAUGUUCCAGUGCCACAACAACCUAUGCAACCAAUACAACAGCCAAUCCAACAACCAACUUAUCAGCAAGUGCCUGUUCCGCAACAACCAGCUGCAGUGCAUCCUUCGCAUCCUCAGGCAGGACAUCCACAACAAAUACUUCAUGCUAGCAAUAUAGCUCUUGAAAAAGAGCAUAUUCAAGAGCAUUUAGAUGUUCCUGUAGACACUAGUAAAAUGACUGAACAAGAACUUCAAUUUCAUUACUUUAAGAUGCAUGAUGCUGAUAAUAAUAACAAACUCGAUGGUUGUGAAUUAAUUAAGUCUUUGAUUCAUUGGCAUGAACAAGGUCAUAAAGAUCCACAUGGUCAAGUCCCGACUGGUCCGGAUAAGCUGUUCAAGGAUGAAGAAUUGAUAUCUUUAAUAGAUCCAAUUCUGGCAAUGGAUGAUACCAACAAAGAUGGCUACAUCGACUAUCCUGAGUUCAUAAAAGCUCAGCAAAAAGCUGCUGCUAAAGCUGACUGA